AUAAAAGACAAGACCAAAUGGAAUAUGAAGUUUGGGAAAGGCGUUAUUCGGAACCGACUCCACCCCCUGUAACCGGCGAAACGCCACGCUUCAGCCACAUCCAGGACGACUCACGGGGCUGAAUGUGCAGCCCCGCCGGGCCUGUCUGGCCAGGCUCUGAGCGAUUGCGAUGUUCGGGCACCUUAAGCAUUAGAUUCAUCAACCCAGCGAUGUCUUAAAUCUUGUCUGGGCCGAGAUGACGGACUUAACAGCAAGCAGCCUGUCCGUCAAUGCAGCUGGAAGUGAUGAGGAGUCCUACAACACCACAGCACCUUCUUCUGUGUCCACCUCUACUCACGAUAUAAGUCGAGCGAGCUACCAUAUAAAGGAACUUUCGAUAUUUGCUGAAAGAGUUGAGCAGGCCGCAGCCAGAGCUUUCCCAAAUCGCUCGAAACGUGGACGGUCUCGAUACUCAGACGUAAUUGCCGUUCUGAUUUACUGGGAAGAAGACGACUUGAAUGUUAAGACGGAAGUGGAUAAGUUAUACGAUGUGUUCAAAGACUACUAUAACUUCAAAACUCAAAUCUGGACCAUUCCAUCAACGUCUGCGCAUAGGGAACUCAUGCGUAUGGUCGUCGAUUUUGUGGGGCGAUAUGACAGCAACGACAACCUGAUAAUCGUCUACUAUGGUGGUCAUGGUUUAAUCAACAAUGCGAGGCAAUCCACUUGGUUGUGCAACCGAAAGCCUUCUUCUCCAACUGUUAAAUGGUCAGCUAUCCAAACCGUUUUCGAAGAAUGCGCAUGCGAUGUAUUGUUUUUGCUUGACUGCUGUGCUGCCGCAGGAGCCGCCCCGGAUAGUGGGCAAGGUGUAAUAGAGACGAUUGCAGCCUGUGGAUUUGAGACUUGGGCUCCUGGGCCCGGACGACAUUCUUUUACCAAUGCUCUCGUUGAGGUUUUGGAUGACUGGAUGGAUAAGCCAUCCUUUUCGGCAGCUAUGCUCCAUUCCGAGAUACUGUCUGUAAUAAAGCAUGACAGACCAGAGAGAAGGAAAUGGACUGAUGCCAACAAAGUGGAAAGCCGCAAAACACCCAUCUAUAUCCUUACUUCGAAUGACCCGAAAUCAAAAUCCAUUGAAUUGUCCGUUCGGCCAUUGGUAGAGGCUGGUGUUUCCAAGUCUGGCAAGCCAAAGAAGUCCCCGACACCUAACGCUUCGACCAGAAACAACAUAUUCGACCUGUCAAAACUUAACAGCAAGCUGCCAUCAGGCAAGUUGGAUGUCCCACACGUGCUUUUGUCUGUUGCAUUGGAAGAAGACCAGUCCCUGGACCCUGACUCUUGGGUCAAUUGGAUGAGCGACCUUCCUGCGCUUGCAAAAUACGUACUGGUGGAGGGCGUUUUUCGGAGUCAUUCCACCAUGAUUCUCGUCUCAUUACCAGUUCCAAUAUGGGACGUCCUUCGGGACGAUUUGGCUAUUUCGUUCAUUGGAUAUGUUGAGUCGAGGAAUAGCCUUGUUCUUGCCACCGAGGCAGCUCCAGUCAAAGGGCUCGUUUCUUCGUUAGCAGAGACUAAAGGUCGUGUGGACAUCGAAUUAAGUGAAGAAACAUGGCAAAAGCGCCUCGAAAAUGAGCGAAAACAUGCUGGCGAGCAGUACAAAGCUCUGCAGGAAAAGUAUAGGAGAGAAGUUGAGAUGAAAAAGGGACUCGAGGACGCAUUGAGUGCAUCCCAGAAAUCACUUAACAGGCGAACAACAAACACGCAGAAGAUGAGUAGGCGACCAGCUACUGCAACUCAGGGGAACAUUGCAGUACCACCAAAACCACCAGCUCGACCAAGUUCUUUUGUAUUAACGGACUCAACGUCAAAAUCAGCAAUGCUAACUCCAACUCUCUACAACAUACCCAGUAAGCGAACAUCUGGGCUGCCGUUACCCGUACGGCCAUCAACACCACUCAGACCAGCGCACGAACGAGCCCCUAAAUACGACGAUGACAUCCCUAGUCAAGCUACGGCUACUACUAGUAGUACCGCAUUCAGCCGCGGGAGUGCUGUCAGUGGGUGGUCAAGUGCAGGUGGCAACCCGAAUCGACGUGCGGGAUAUGGUUCCGAGUCUGAUAUUUCCCCACCCAUGAGUCCUGUGAUGGAGCCACCAAAUGAGCCUAAGACUACAGUUGUUAGCCAAGACAAGAAGGUUUCGUGGGCCCAGGUAGCUGCCAGAGCACCGGAAAGGGGGAAGAUUGGGAAGACUUAAAUCGAGGCAUCUGCCUCUGCGGGCCCUCUGCUCGGGCAUACGUGAAGAAAGCCGGGAUAACAAGCCUUCGGAUUGAAUGCCUGCCCCCCUGAUAUUCCUCUUGGCAAUUUCACAAACUCAGAGCUUAGUCACUGAGAUUGAAAAAACUUCCAGUUGUAGUGAGUCCAUGUACGAAGAUCACGUUAUAAGGUGACUGAAUUAAAGGGCAUUUGGGCUUUAAUAGCACUUCACUGUCUGUUUCUAGCGCCCUCGGUCACUAAAUUGCCCUAUGCUUCUAGGCUAUUGCCCUAAAAUCAC